AUCGAAGAGGCAGGAGCUGUAGGCAUCUCCAGGGAUAUGGCUGGCCUCAUCCCCUCGCCCUACUUCCAACGCUACCGAUGUCUAUUUCGCUUGAAGAAGAAUGCUGGCGCUUAUGCCGAAGACGCAGCUGUUGGAUACUCCGAGUCCGAAGCCUCGUCUGAGGAGCAGGAGGUUGGUGGUGAGGUGGAAGGAGAGAACUCUUCUCUGGGCGCUCCAAGUAGUCUUAGUCUGUGGAUGUCUACCAAUACUACUACAACUGGAGAUGGGCAGAGUUUCGAUAUUCCUGCUGAGGAGUACAUAUGGAGUUCCCAUGGCGUGGGCCCGAAACAACUGAAGAAACUUCGUAAAAAGCACCCUCACAAAUCGAAAAUUCUAAGCAUGGUCACUGGUGGACACAGUGGGAAGAAAUCCUCAAGUGGCAUCUUCGGUCACUCCUCUAAUCGACGCAACAAUGAGUAUGAAAUUUCGAAAGAAAUGGCAAGUCUAAAUAAGACCGAUGGAGAUCAAUUGCGUCAGUUGGUUGAGGAGUCUGUGCGUGACAAUAUUCGUCGACCAAGUCUUCUGACCUAUGAGUUAGUUGACCUCUACUACCCCCAGCCCCAACGCAAACGCCCCCUAGUCCUCGUUGCACCAAAACACGUAGGUCGGCAGCAGUUGAUUGAGGGUCUUUUGAGGAGCAAGCGGACGAGAUAUGACGUUCCUGUUAUUCACACAACCAACCCAGAGGCUAAAUCGACGGAAUUCCAGCAAUACCAAGUGAUCACCAAACAGGAUUUCCAACAGUUGCACAAAGCCAAGUCAUUUGUGGAAUGGGGUGUCUUUAAUAAACAUUACUAUGGAACCAAGGUGUCUAGUAUUGAAAGCAUUGUCAAGGCUGGUAAAGUCUGCGUGAUCGCACUUCGACCCGACGUUAUCAACAUCACUCGGGUUUGGGGAUAUACCGAUGGCUUAGCAGCCAUCAAGGGCAUAACUUUCGUUCUCCUCAUCAUUAACGAUGGAAACUCCUCGUCUCAAGAUUCUUUUUGCGUUCAGAUAGGUUUCCUAAAUUGUCGUCUCUUAUCUGGGGCUAUUGGUGAUUCAAUUCGAGCAAUUAGACGGACACCUUUUCUGCCCUGUGUUAUCUUCGUUUCGCCGCCAGACAAUCUUGAUGAGAUGCGGAAGUUGAGCAAACAGUGGAACAAUGCCACCGCUAACAUUCCCGACGAUGAAUUGAAAUCGUGUAUGGAGGAGAGUCAGAAAAUGGAGCAACAUUAUGGUCACUUCUUCGAGUUUCUCAUUGUACCCCGAAGUCCUGACACAGCUCUAGCGGAGCUCACGAAUAUCGCCUUGGAACUCGAACGUAAACCUCAAUGGGUGCCGGCUCAGUGGAUUGAUUUAGCUUGGCAUGUGGCAGCCCAAGCCAUGCGAGAACACGCCAAUAGCGACAAGACCCUCAGUGAGAAUGGCAGCAAGAAUCAAUCUGACAUUGUCAAAUCCGGAUAG